AUGGAGCUGCCGCUCUUUCGAGGUGAUUUGAUUGGUCGACCCGUGGCCACUGAGAUGCACUACACCAAACCAUUGGAUGCCAGGGACGAGGUGGAGGAUCUAUAUGAUCUGCUCAGUGACGUCAAGAGGCAAAUGCCGUUGAUUGAGGGGGUGUCUGUGGGGGCCAUUCUGUCUGACUACCAGAGACUGCGAGUUGAAUUGGUGUGUCAAAAGUUGGGGCUCAAAUCAUUAGCCUACAUGUGGCAUAGAGACCAGCACGACCUGUUGAGUGACAUCAUCGAGUCAGGCGUUACUGCGGUAGGUAAUCUUCCGGGGUUGGCAGUGGGUCUGUGCACAGGGUGA